GACUUACAGGCCUAUCUAAAUCGUCUCUUGAAAUCAUCUUUCUCGACAAAUGGCUGUCUUUUCCCCUUCGCUCUCUCUGUCGCCUCCUGCUCUCGUCUUCACCUCCUCUUCCUCUUCUUCCUUUCCUUGGAAGCGUAGAGAUUCGUAUCCGAUGCUGGGCUCCCACCUUACGGCCGCACCUCGGUUUGUGGUUAGCUGCUCCUCCGGUUUGGGCUCGGAUUCGCCCAAUUACAACUCAAGGCCUCAGAUGGCGACCAUGGCUCCUUUUGGUUUACUCAAUGAUGAAGGUUCAAAGAAGCGACCGUAUAGAUGGCAAAGGGUAUUGUUGAAAGUAAGUGGGGAAGCACUUGCUGGUGACCACAUCCAAAAUAUUGACCCAAAGAUUACAAUGUCAAUUGCAAGAGAGGUAGCUUCUGUUACUAAACUUGGUGUUGAGGUUGCUAUUGUUGUGGGUGGCGGUAACAUCUUUCGUGGAGCCUCUUGGGCAGGUUCCAGUGGCCUUGACCGGUCUUCUGCAGAUUAUAUUGGUAUGCUGGCAACAGUUAUGAAUGCUAUAUUCUUGCAAGCAACAAUGGAGAGUAUUGGCAUUCCAACUCGUGUCCAGACUGCAUUUCGCAUGUCAGAAGUUGCAGAACCAUAUAUAAGGAGGAGGGCUGUUAGACAUUUGGAGAAAGGGAGGGUUGUUAUAUUUGCUGCUGGAACUGGUAACCCAUUCUUCACAACUGACACUGCUGCUGCCCUCCGCUGUGCAGAGAUCAAUGCAGAGGUUGUGCUUAAAGCAACCAAUGUGGAUGGCGUGUAUGAUGAUGACCCCAGGACAAACCCAAAUGCUCGCCUUCUCGAAAAUUUGACCUAUCAGGAAGUGACAUCAAAGGAUCUAUCUGUGAUGGACAUGACAGCCAUCACCUUGUGUCAAGAGAAUAAUAUCCCCGUUGUUGUAUUUAAUUUGACCAAGACUGGAAACAUUGCAAAAGCCAUUACUGGUGAGAAGGUUGGCACUUUGAUUGGUGGAACGAAUCAGCAGCAAGAUUGUGAUCAAAAGACACUAGCUCACGAGUGGAGGAUCCUUAAUGAAUUUGAAACAUGAGCUCUCUCUCUCUCUCUCUCGUUUUGUUUAAAAGGAAAUUUAUCAUGAUAUACUGCCGCCUCACAAAAUUGUGAAUGAUUUACUAGUAGGAACUAGGAAGCUUACAUGAUAGCUAUUCUUUGCUUUUGAUAGAUAUUGAGAAUUGGAAAUGAACUGCUAAUGUAUGAUACUUCAAUUGUUAGAGAAUAUUUGAGUGAUCAAUUACUGCAAUUAGUUUCUUUCUUGCAA